AUGGACGCCUCAUGGAUAGAGUUGACGGUGCGAUCGCCGUUUUCAACCAGCUCUGGACUCAAGCUGGACUCUUUGGGUCGCUGGCUGCUGGCCGGGCCUCACAAUGCGACCGAGGUCUACGUGACGGGGACCUUCGAUGACUGGGGGAAGACGAUCCGGCUGGACAAGAAAGGCGACGUUUUCGAGAAGGAGGUGCAAUUGUCGCCGACGGAGGAGAAGCUGCACUACAAGUUUGUUGUGGACGGCACUUGGACUACCGAUACAACUGCCCCCGAGGAAGACGACGGUAGUAACAAUAUCAACAACGUCCUCUAUCCCGAUCAGAUCCACGAAGAAUCCAAACCAAUCCUCCAGAACGGUGCUGCAGCCAUGUCCGGAGUGACGCCUGACUCCACCACCGCUGCCCUGGCAGGUGGAGUGCCCAAAGAUUCCGGCAAGAACGCCGUUGGCAAUGCCGCCAUCUCGUCGGCGGCUCCAGGGUCGACCACUGCCGACCUGGCCAAGAACGCUCCCUUCGAACAAAGAGCCAACGUGCCGGGCACUUUCCCUGCGACCCCCGGCCUCGACAACGUUUCUGUCAACCCUAUCCCCGCCUCGAGCGGCACGGGCAACCCCAUCUCGUUGAAACCCGGCGAGAAGGUCCCGGAUCCCAGCACGUUCAACUCCAACACGAUCCAGUCCACUGCCCGGACGGAUCAGGCGGGGUACGAGCAAGAUGCCAGCCAUUCCUUGACGGGUGGUCAGGCCAGGGGAACUGGCGAGACCACGGCGGCCGCCGCUCCUCCGACAUCGAAAAACCUUAUUCCCGAGUCGAGCCUCCCCAUGGGCGAAGGCAGUCAGGGCGCCUCCGAUCCCGUCACGAUCCAGUCGGCAGCUCCUACGUCUACUACUGCCGGUCUCGCUGCCGGUGUGCCUCUCGAGUCUCAGAGGAAUCAGGCCAACGGCGGAGUGGGAUCGCCUGUGAGCGAGGUGCCCGACGUGGUGAAAAGCUCCCUCUCCGAAGCUCACCAGUCUCCCGAGGCUGCCACCAGCAAGCCGGCCGUCGACGAGAAGAAAGACUUGGAGAGUGAGCUGCAGAAGAAGGUUCCCCUCGAGGAGUCGAGCGGAGCUCCCGCGCCCACUGUCACUGCCGCGACGUCGGACAAGGCUCCCGGAGCCACGGCGGACCAGGCGCACAGAGCUUCGGCGGCUACAGAGCAACCCCCCGCGGCUACGGGGCCGCCAGUCGACACGACUCAGCUGUCUCCUCGCGCCACCACCCCGACGACCGAAGAGCCCACGGUGACCACGGGGCCCGAGGAAACGGCCAUUCCCAAGGAGCAGGGACCGGGUGCACAGGAACAGAACAAGGAUUUGCCCGCCACCCCAGCCGACCAAGCCAAGGGCGACGCCAAAGACACCGCAGCCGCCGCCAACAACAAGACCACCGAGAAUGCUUCCAAGGGGACCGAGAACGGCUCCAAGGACGCCGACAAGAACGGUACCGGCAAGGAAGAAAAGAAGAAGCGGAAUCGCGCGAGUGGAUUUUUCCACAAGCUCAAGGAGAAGUUGAAAUAGAUUGUUCAUGAGCCGUCGAUGAAGUGAUGUGCACAUUGAGGCCGAGACUGAAUAAUUCGCGAGGGGUGGAACGCUUGUUUUCUGUCGCGUCUGGCUGAUCUGGAUACCUUUUUGUUUUGAUUCUGUUUCUGUCUGCUGUUCUCGCGUUGUGGGUUUUCACUAUACCUUUUCUGUUCCUGUCAUAUUCCUUUGCCUGGUUAGAGCAAUGGUUUAAUAUGCUAGUUAAUCCUAG